GACAGAGAGCGGAGAGCUGAUGGAUGGAAAGGGAGGUGCGUCGAUGGCUCGGAGCAGAGAUUGGCGGUCCAUAGAAUUGCCUCUGAUACCUGCCUUUACACAUGCCAGUCCCAGCUCGUGAAACCCGGCUUGAAUGGCAACCCUCCCUCGCCCUAAUUCCGUAUGAACCCACCUCGCCUUCACGAGGCCUUGCUGAUUAGGGCUUCGCAACGUCAUCGCUAUCACCAGAGUCACCGAGUGCGAAGCGAACUCACAGACCUACCUCGCACAAUUCUGCAUGCUGUCCACUGGCACUAGCACCUGGAGUGCUCAAAGAAAUCAUCGUCCGGCAAGUCUUCGCGAUUUUGGUUUCGGUGGGAAGCUCCCUCAGGAGUUCAGAACUGGACUGUGUACGUUCGCCAUUCUCUCUACUUGUUGAUGUCUAUUAAUACAUUCCUCAAUUGAUCAGUUAACAAUCUCACAUACAGCGGAGAUGCAGCAAAAUGAAGUCAUGUGAGCUGAUCAUCCAUGCAGUGAUUGGCACAGGACGUCAUUAAGCUCAGUACAUCAUUUCUUCUUGAUUGAAGUAAGGUUUUAUUACAAUCUUGGCUACCAUUCUGGCUUUUUCUCGAAGUCAUCAUGUACUGAAAGGACUAGGAAAGAGGUAUCGAGCUUCACUGAAAUAGUUCUUCAUUUACCAAGAAGAAUUAUUAGAUCUCUAUAUGCGGUCAAAGAAGACUUGAAGAAGGACGGGAAUGAGUCCAAGGAGAGGUGGGGAGUGUUAGGUGAGAAGUAAGAGUCUCGUUUUGACGAGAAUUGAGGGAAGCAGACCGGGUGCCGGGUGGGGCAAGGGUUUGCAUGGACUAUCAUGAAAGCUGGCCAAAGCCUAGCGGCCUCACUGCCGAAGGUGCUUCCCUGUUUGCUUCUGCGCAUUCCUCUGCAGCUAAAAAGGAAGAUGAUUGGUGGACUAGAGCUGAAGGCCAGACUGCUGAACUUAUUGAUUCUUUAAAGCCUACUCGACUAUCGGAGGAGAGACGGACAGCUGUUACUGGCUUUGUUGAGCGCCUCAUCAGAGACCGCUUUGAAUGCGAGGUAAUAAGGUUCGGCUCCGUACCACUCAAGACUUAUCUGCCAGAUGGAGAUAUUGAUUUAUACAUAUUCGCUCGGAAUGAUCUGAAAGAGACUUGGGCACAAGAUGUGUUGAAGGCCCUCAAACAAGCUGAGGAUGAUGCUGAUGCCGAGUUUCGAGUGAAAGAAGUUCAAUAUAUACAGGCUGAAGUUAAACUCAUCAAAUGCUUGGUGGAGAAUAUUGUUGUGGAUAUUUCGUUCAACCAAAUUGGGGGUCUUUCUACUCUUUGCUUCCUUGAACGGGUGGAUGAGGAGGUAGGACUGAAUCAUCUGUUUAAACGAAGCGUUAUAUUGGUGAAAGCGUGGUGCUAUUACGAGAGCCGCAUUCUAGGAGCACACCAUGGCCUUAUAUCUACAUUUGCUCUGGAGACCCUUGUGUUGUAUAUAUUUCACGUCUUUCAUUCCAUGCGAUCGUUGCAUGGACCGUUGGAGGUGCUGUAUCUAUUUCUGACUUAUUUCUGCAAUUUUGACUGGGACCAAUACUGUCUUAGCAUUUGGGGUCCAGUGCCUCUGGAUCAUAUUCCCAAAAACUCUUCUGAGCUUUCCCAAAAGGAUGGAGGAUGGAGGACUGUUGCAAGGUCUCCUUGGGAGGUUGGGGGCAAAUUGUACUUUAGUGAGGAGUUCAUUGAGGAAUGCAUUAAUCGGUAUUCAGAUGUCCGGGCUGGUUCAGAGAGCAGUCAAGGACGGAUUUUUAACCCCAAGUAUUUGAAUGUUCUAGAUCCAAUACGCCACACCAACAAUCUUGGUCGCAGUGUUAAUGUUGGAAGUUUCAAGCGGAUACGUUCAGCAUUUGGUUUAGGAGCACGUACGCUUGGAGAAGUUUUCGAAUGUCCCAAAGAUCAGAUUACUGAAAAGUUUAAGUCAUUCUUUUCUUGUACAUUCAAAAGUUUAGGGCGAUAUCGCAGUGCUGGGAGACCCGACAGUGGCAUCCCUCAUUUACGUGGCUUACAGCAUCCUAUCUCAGGAGCUGGAAGUGCCCACCCGCAAGAGAGGUUAUCUGAUGGAUACAGGCAAGAGAACGGAGCAGAUUUUGUUUCAUCUCAAAGAUCUCUAACUCAUGCAGGAGAUAAUAUCAGGGCUCAAUCGCAGUACGGGAGUUGGCCAGUACAGUUAGACGACAAACCUAGUAGCGACUUGGAUGUUUCAGAACAGUUGAAUGAUAUGCAGAAUGUCUUCACGAGGCUGAGAAGGGAUUCCCCGACAACGAUUGAUACAACUUUCUCUUGUAGCAGUGGUAGAGAUGAUGGAAAUAUCAUGGACACAGUUUCGUUCGCAGUAGAUAAUAAGCAAGAGAGACGGAGAGGAUCAGAGGCAGGAUCUGUCAAGGCAAUUCCUGGCAACUCGAACGUUGCGAGUUCCGAAGAACAGUUAAGAGAAGUUGAUGGAAGAAGCCGGUAUACUAAUGUUGAUGCAGAUUCAGCUAGGGUGCAAUCCAAAGGACCCAAUUAUUACUCUCCACAGGAGCACUUUGAAAGAAGUACCAAUCGCAGGUUUGGUGAGGAGCACGAAUUUGCUAAUCACUCUAAAACUCCGAUGGUUGGGGAAUAUCAAAGAACGGAACCGACUCCAGAUUCAUUGCGACUGAAAUCCUCAUUAGGUGAUUCCAUUAGACAUGGUGAUUUGUCUCGAAGCAGGAAUUUUUCCGACGAAAGCCUUGCCCAUCCGAGUCUUGAUCAAAGGGGAUCCCUUGGACCGUCAGGGGAAUUUAAAACCAAUUCUAGCCACAGAAACUUUCUGUCCAAGACUUCUUCCGAUGACGAGACUGCUACUUUCAUAUCUGGAAGAGUAGCAACCGAGGAGAGUAAGACCACUUAUAAUGAUGGCGUAAUACAUCAGAAAGACCCUACUUUCCCUGGUGAUAAUUCCUAUCAGGGGCAUAAUCAGGACCGUGGUAGUCACACUAUGUCACAGUCAUUGUUGUAUUCCAAUCUUGCUCCUCAUGUACAGUUACUACCAUAUGUCCACCCUGUUCAAAUGCAUUUGGCAGUACCUUCUGCCAUUCCUAUUCCUGUGUUGGGUUUAGCAGGACCUCCUUCCGCAUCAAGUUUUCGUGCCAUUCACCUUAGUUCUCCGUCAGGGGAUUCGGCUCUUAAUCGGGCGACUUCUCACCCACCCAUGCAGAUUUCGUGCAUGCCGUCCACCUUUUCAGCAACUCCAGCGUACACUAUUUCGGUUGGAACUUUAGGAGAUAGUGCUGGCAGUCACAUCGGAGGCUUUUCCUUUCAUGCGGAAGAGCAGCUGGAGCAACGCCGGUCACCUCUUGAGGACCAAGCGCAGCCACUGCAAAGGGUUUCGGUCAGCCCCAAUGCCUCUCCAUUUCGCUCUGUUUUCAUUGGAAAUCCACCUGUAUCCAUUGGGUCUGCGAUUCCCUUCAUUGGUGCCUCACCAGAGCUGCCUCAAGUUUCUGGGAAAUCAAAUGCUGCUUCAAGAGGUCGUGGUUGUGCUGUCGAGAUGGCGGGUUUGCAAAUGCAUUCACCAGUUAAUGAAAGCCCGUCUGUGUCAUCGUUAGGUGAUGAGGGACAACGUGCAGCUUCUUGCAAAAUGGGAGAAAGGACAGAAUAUUUGGAACCACGGUUGAAAAACAGAGAAAGUAUCUCAAAUAGCUCGAAUGUGAAGGCGUCUGCAGGAAAAUCUUUGAAAGACACAAAUGGUAAUAAACAGGUUUACAGGAAAGCUAGAUCACAUAAUGAUAAGUGUGAAAUGGAAGUUGUUCGAAGUGUGGAUGGCAACGCAGCUGAUCUGCCUCUGCAGUGCUUUAGUCAGGGAAAUUUAGAAGAUGCCUGUAUUGGAAGUUCUCAAGCUCCCCGAGCGCACCUACCACCAUUUACCUCAGCUCAUAGUUACGAGGAGACGGUGCCUAUGGCUGUCCCUAACUAUCAUAGAAGCUCUUCGGUUCACUCUGUGACACUGGAACCUGCUGGAAUGGCGUCACACCAGUCACUUCAAGCGCCCAACAAUCAAGGAGGUUCUGGAACCGAGUCGACCUCCUCGUCCACAUUAGAGAGAGUGGCGGUUACGCCUGUAUCUGUUGGUGUAUCUUGCAGUACUGGUUCAUAUCCUCCCCCAAUAUCUGAGUUCGCAUCCGUUUCAAUCGGUCCGUCCUUCAGAAAGUGCCCAACGGGGACUGUUUUGAUGCCCAUGACAUCUCCCCAACCAAUGUAUUAUAGCCGAAGCCUGUGCUACUCCCCUUUUCUUAUCCUUCCCGCGGGAACGGAUGGUGUUGUUAGAGUCGACUCUGUAGGUUCCCUGCAUUCCAAUUGCUCCAUGGAUUUUGCAACAAACACCCUUAGAUUUCAGUCAUCUGAAGAUUCGAGAACAAGGACUAUGCCACAGGUUGGUGUGGAUAUUGCAGAGCGGCCGACAGGGGUAGGCAACAGAAAACACAUGGAAACACCUCAUGUGGAGAGUACUAGUGAGAAGGGUAUUCCUGGUGACCUGCAGGAUGACAUACUCCGUGGCGACCUUCCAACCCACGAAAAGCAGCUUCGGCGCUCAAUGCAGUAUUCUAAUGCGGAUUUUUCAGGUUCUAAUUCUGCUAUGAAGUUCCAACAAGUUCCUCAACUAUGGGAGGGGUCAACCAGAUUUCAUGGAAACUUGGACCUUCAUGCUGGUCCGAACAUUCCAUAUCCAUUUGGUUUGACGAUGCCGUUAUAUCCUUCUCAUGAGCGAAUGGCAGAGGGAUUACAUACACCGCGGAGCUUUCCUGUCCACGACAGUGUGUGUACUUUACCUAAGUCUAGGAAUGGCACAGGCACCUACAUUCCCAAGCCGAGGCACGCAUAUACCUCUCGAGAGAGGGUAGGUUCUGGAGCAAGGGGAGGCAAUCAACAUGGAGCUCAUAGCCAGCAGGAUCGGAAAGAUCGGGAAGGAGUAAACCAAUCACAUACAUCUCGGUACAGGAGUUUAGGACAAGGUCGUGGACAGCACAACAAGCACGAACCUCGAGCUCAAUAUAUGGUGAAUCCUCAGAAGAGUCCUGCGUCUGACCCGGAGAGAAACAUUAAUUCGGUGCAGCAGACAAUGGAUAGAAGAGGUUCACCUCCCCCGAGUCCAAUCUCCGCACCUGCGAAUCAAACCACAUCCGCUGGGUCUUAUACUGCAAACAGCAAUGGUCAUCCUAGAACAGGCACAAGAGCACCAGCUGUUAUAUUGCAACACAACCUAAAUGAUGCAAGUACAGUACUUCCUUAUGAGCUGGAAUUUGGAUCUCUAGGACCAGUUUAAUUCUGCUGAUUACCUAAUUAGUUGUCAGAAAUUUGGUAGCCAAACAUCAGAGUAAUCUCAGAGUUCUUGAUACUCCUAUCAUGUCUUCACCACCUAGGCAGGGGUCAUUUUAGUCAUAAUCGGUUCACAAUUGACCUUUCUGAAUUCAUCGUUCGGAAUCUUUGUACAGCUGUAAGGUAGUACUUGAAUUUUGUAGUUCAACAACAGUGGAGACUGGGCUGUAAAACACUGUUCUCCGAAUACACCAGCAAUUUGCAGCGUUUCCACGUUUGCAAUGUUUCAAUUUUU